CCUUCUUCCACUAUAACAAGGACUUACAGAGAGAGCCAAGGGGGAUCACUUCCAGACAGUUGUUCAACAGCCAAAGCAGGCAAGACAGAUCGUAAGUGGCACUAUGGGACUGUAUAAAAUUCUCCUUGUGAUCUUCCUCCAGAUAUAUGGUAUUUUUGGCACCAUGACAAGUCUGGUAUAUUUCAAUGAGACGGGAAAACUGUUCUGUAACUUUCCAAACUCCCAGAACUUAAGCUGGAAUGAACUAGUAAUAUUUUGGCAGGACCAAGAUAUGCUGGUUCUGUUUGACCUUCUCCAAGGCAUUGAGCAACCAAAGUCUGUCAAUUCCAAAUAUAAGGGUCGCACAAGCUUCGACCGGGACAGCUGGACCCUGAAACUUCACAACGUUCAAAUCCAAGACAAGGGCACAUAUACAUGUUUUAUCCAUCAUAAAAAACCUGGAGGAAUGAUCCCCCUCUUCCAGAUGAACUCAGAACUCUCAGUGCGUGCUAACUUCAGUCAACCUGAAAUAACACCAAUUUCUAAUAGAACAGAACAUUCUGACACUGUGAAUUUGACCUGCUCAUCUACAAAUGGCUAUCCAGAACCAACCAGGAUGUGGUUUUUAAUAGAACCAGGGAACAUAUCUAUGCAUAACAAUUCUGUCAUGAAGAAAUCUCAAAAUAAUGUCACAAAACUGUACACCGUUUCUAUCAGCGCAUCUUUCCCCAUUGGAACAGAGAGCGUGAACAUCUUCUGUGUCCUGCAGCAUGACCAAAUGAUGACAGAGCUUCGUUCCCUAUCUUACAAAAUAGAUCCUGUUCAACUCCCACCUGCCCAAGAUUUCUUCCACUGGAUUGUGGCUGCAAUUGUAACUUUGGCUGUUGUAUUUCUGAUGGUAUUUCUAAUACUAAUGAAAAAUAGGAAGAAACCUGGUCCCUCUUAUGAACGUGAAACUAUCCAAGUGGAGGCAGAAGAGAAGGAACAGCUUGAAGAAAGAGUAAGAUGCUAUGUACCUGAAAGAUCUGAUGAAGCCCAAUGUGUCAUCAAGGUUUCAAAGACUGCUUCUGGAGACAAAAGUGCUACAGAUACCUAAUUAAAGAUGAAGGACAUAUGACUCUCUAUUUUUUCAUUAACUUUAUUUUUUUUUGAGUUUUUGACUUUGUUCUUAUAUAUCUAAAUGUCCCCAGAAGCAAGAAAACACUGCCACUAAUAAUGAUGGGGGCUCCAGAAUUCUGUGAAAAUGAAAUAACCUCCCUAUAAUGCUGGGCUGCUCCUUGUGUCAGGAACAGAUUUUAAUAGUUCUAUUCAUUCAAAGGACAAAUAUGGGUCAGCCCACCUGACUACUAACAUCUCCUAUUUCAGAUAAGUCUAUGUUAUUGCUUAUAAAAUCUAUGUUUCAUGCAAAACUCCCAAUUCCUAAAGAAGUUGCUUUUAUCUACUACUUUAAAAUUUAAGGUAGUAUUCCAUUCUACAUAACUGUAACUGAAAAAUUACCUCUUUAGUCUGGGUGAGAGUAUAUAUAUACAUAUAUAUUUAUAUAAAUUUGUGUGUUACACAGCAUAGUUUACACAGGUUUUAUUGUUAUGAUGUUGAUAUAUUAAAAUACAAAGAAAUAUAUAAUAAGGUUGUAAUUACUGUGCCAUGAGAAGUCAACUCUUUCUUCAGUAGCUGUUGUCUCUGUGUGAAGGUUAAUAAAGAGAGUGACUUCUCAAUGUGCUAACAACAGUAGUCAGGCCAACUCAACAUCUGGCAUCCUGGGACAGACAGAAAUGCAAUGAUUCGAGGAUCCUUGAGUCACUGCUCUCUGUCUGUUCUUGAAAUUGAGGGGGCUCCACCUGCCCAAAAACUAUUGAUAAAUAUUAAUAUAGAGCACUAUGUGCUUGAUACUCUACUUCUAUUUUUGAAAAAGAUAACUUAAAGGCCAGAGAGAUCAUACAGUGGGUAAGGUGCUUGUUUACAUCAACUGACCCAUUUUAAAUUCCCAGCACCACAUUUGGUUCCCUGAGCUCCACCAGGAGUUACCCUUGAGCAGAGUCAGAAUUAAUCCCUGAGUACAGUCUGAUAUGGUCCAAAAACGAAAAGAACUUUAAGCAGUGGCCAGGGGCAACUGUGCAUGAGAUAAAAGAUUGCAGUUCUGAUGAAAGAAAUAACACAGAAUGGGGAAAAAAGCAGAGAGAAGAGAAAGAUAAAGAGCAGAGAGAGAGAGAAAAAUAUUAACCAACAGGAUUGCACAUUAAUGUCCAGUUUGACAAGUAAUGGUUAAGAGAGAAAGAGCCAGAGUCCAAGUAGGAGGACUUACAAGAAAAUCACCUAAAGGUUAAUUUAUUACACAGCUGUGGUUUAAAGUUAUCUGCUGUCAACAAAAACACCCAAAAGGAGAAAGAGAACAAAAGGGAAUGCCCUGCCACAGAGGCAAGGUGGGGUGGUAGGGAAUGGGGUGAAGGAUGGUGGAAGAUCAUUGGUGGUAGAGAAUGGGCACUGGUGGAGGGAUGGGUACUCGAUCAUGGUAUGACUGAAACUCAAACACGAAAGUUUGUAAGUAUGUAACUGUACCUCAUGGUGAUUCACUAUUUAAAAAAAUAAUAAAACAAAUAAAUUUUAAAAAUUAAAAAAUAAUAAUAAAAAUAAAAGUAAUUUGAAACAAACUAAAACAACAACAACAAAAAGGAGACAUCUGCUGUCUUAGACCACACAGCUUAUGUUUUAUGUCUGUAGAUCAUCUAUCUAUAUGUCAACUUCAACCUUGGGGAAAUGGGGUACUGGAGAGAGGUACUGACCAAUCAAGAAGUGAGUUAGGUGAGAGUAGUUCUAAGGCAAUAUAGCUAAAGAAUGGAGCACCCUUAAGUCCAAACUGAAAGAAUACCUUCAGAGGCCCGAUAAAAAUGUUUGUCAUUUAACAUAAACAUCCCUAAAGAUCAUUAACCACUAUACUAGUCAGGAUAUUUCUUGUAAUAUAAUCCUUUGUGUACUCUAUCCUUCCCUUGUCUUUAUAGGAACUACGUAUAUUUCUGGUUCUUAAUAUGUCUUAUACAGAGCAGUUCUCAGUAGACUUUUAUGAAGUUGAUUCUGUUUAGAUUCUCCAUUUUCUGUUACAUUUUAAUAUCACUUCUCAAUCCUGAUAGUUGGAGGUUAUUCCCUCCUAAUUAAUGUUCUUCCUCUUAAGGUUUUAUUGUUAUCCCUGUUCUCUACCUUUGUUAGAACUAUCUCCAUUGUGGUUAGAACUCUCAAACUCUGUUCCCUUACCUUUCUGCUAGCACCUGUAUGAGGGAAAGGGCGUUAUAUAAUAUUUAUGUUUACCUCAAUGAUAAGACAUAAAAAAUGAUAUUAAAGAGAUAGUUUCUGAAGCCAUAUGAAAAAUUUGGAACUAAAAGAGGGAUGCCUGCUUUUUCUUUUGUAACCCUUUUGUAUUGUGUUGUUUUAAAUGUAUGUGUUUAAAGAUACAUUAAACAAAAACUUAAUGUAAAAUUGUUCCUUGAAAUAUCUUGAUAAUGAACUAGUGUACAUACUGUAUUAUAUACCUGAAACUUAAAUGUUCUCAUUACAAGAAAAAAGUUAGAACAGUGCGAUAGAUGUUAACUAAACUUACUGUGAUUAUUGUGUAGCAACACAUAAUAGCAAAUCAUCAAUUUAUG